GUUACAAAGUAAUUAAUUGUUUUUGUUUAAAACAGAUCGACAUUUACAACAUAAUAUUAAAAAGAUCGAUAUUUUGAGUUUAUCGAAUUAUAUAAUAAUAAGAAUGGCUGAAGAUUUAGAUGUGGAAGCUAUGUUGGAGGCACCCUAUAAUAACAAAUCGGAUAACACUUCCUCUUCAAAGCAUCGAUCGGACAAGUAUUCUGAUAAGCACAAAGACAGAGACCGGGAUGGAAGUCGAAGACGUAGCCGGUCGAGAGACAGAAGAAAAUCGAAAGAACGAGACGCACGUCGUUCAAAAGAAAGAGAUGAUAGGAAAGACAGAGAUCGUGAACGAGACAAAGAUCGUAAGGAUAGAGAUCGUGACCGCGAACGUGAUCGUGAUCGCGAGCGUGAACGUGAUCGAGGUGACCGUGGUGAUCGUGGUGACCGCGAGCGCGACCGCGGCGAACGCGAUCGUGACCGUGAUCGUGAACGAGACCGUGGAGAAAGGGACCGCGAACGCGACCGUGAGCGCGAACGCGACCGGGACAAGGAUAAGGACAGGGAUCGCACUCAUAGAGAUAAAGAACGUGACAAGGAUAAAGAACGUGAACGCGAUAGAGAUAAAAGACGGAGCAGAGACAAAGAACGCAGUCGAGAACGUGACCGCAGCAGCCGCGACCGAACCUCUAAUAGCAAAAGAGAAAAAACUAUUGAAAGAGAUCCCUCUAAAGAAUACCGAUCAAAAUCUAGAGGUCUUGAGCCUAAAUUAGAUGACUUGCCUCCAGAAGAACGAGAUCUUCGAACUGUUUUCUGUAUGCAGUUAUCUCAAAGAAUUCGCGCUAAAGAUCUUGAAGAAUUUUUCUCCUCAGUCGGAAAAGUAAGAGAUGUAAGACUUAUCACCUGCAACAAGACCCGAAGAUUUAAAGGCAUAGCUUAUAUUGAAUUUAAAGAUGCUGAAUCAGUACCUUUGGCUCUAGGUUUGACGGGACAAAAGUUGCUCGGAGUUCCUAUUAUUGUACAACAUACGCAAGCAGAAAAGAACAGGGUAGGCAAUACAUUGCCAAACUUAGCACCAAAGACCAGUAACGGACCAACAAGACUAUAUGUGGGUUCAUUGCAUUUUAACAUUACAGAAGACAUGCUCCGCGGCAUUUUUGAACCUUUUGGAAAAAUCGAUCAUAUUCAGCUUAUGACGGACCCUGAAUCAGGAAAAAGUAAAGGAUAUGGAUUUCUUACUUUUCAUCAUGCCGCAGAUGCCAAAAAGGCAAUGGAGCAAUUGAAUGGGUUUGAAAUAGCUGGAAGACCAAUGAAAGUAGGCAAUGUCACAGAGCGGACUGAUGGUGGUUCCAGCACUCGAUUUGAUGCAGAUGAGCUGGACCGAGCUGGUAUUGACUUAGGUGCCACAGGACGCUUACAAUUAAUGUUUAAACUAGCAGAAGGCACUGGAUUACAGAUACCACCUGCUGCAGCAUCAGUGUUGAUGGGCGCCGGCUCAGCGCUAGUUACUCCACAGCCUCAAGUAGCACCUCCCAUUGCAACACAGUGUUUUAUGCUCAACAAUAUGUUCGAUCCAGCAUCGGAAACAAAUCCUAAUUGGGACAUAGAAAUAAGAGAUGAUGUUAUUAGUGAAUGUAAUAAACACGGAGGAGUAUUGCAUGUAUAUGUGGAUAAAGCAUCCCCCCAAGGAAAUGUUUACUGUAAAUGUCCAACGAUAGCGACGGCGGUGGCCUCAGUUAACACAUUACACGGCAGGUGGUUUGCCGGCCGCGUCAUCACAGCGGCUUACGUGCCGCUUGUCAACUACCACUCGCUAUUCCCUGAUGCGAUGACUGCACUUACUCUCUUGUUGCCAUCCAGACAACGAUAAACACAGCAAUAAAUAAGCAUUUAUAUUUUAACAAUUUUGGUCUUGCGUAUACUGAUUUAUUUAAUAUCUAGUGAGGACCUAAUUCUAGAUAAUAAAGUUAUUAUUAUGUAAACUAA